AGAGUCGUCCGCCUGACCAGUGACCUAGACAGAAACACUCGAGUUUUAUUAUUUAUUGAUGAAGUUUGAGGUUAUUGCUGCUGAAAGGGCCAAAUUUAAUUGGCCGCCAGCGCGGAUCGUGGGCGAGUGUUUCAUUUAAUCCAGGAGUUUCCAGACAUAAACUGUCUGCUAAAUACAUUAAAAAAGUGGAAUACAAAUGUACACUGUGAGGCGGGGCUGCUGCGGAAUGCGGUAGUUUUGCUCACAAUCCUGCGCGAUCUCGUACUCCGUUUAGUUCAGACUUUGUCAGCUCGCAAGUUUUCUGGAAGUAUACAAAUCCCCAGAGGAUAUCGGUUACCAAAACUCUUACCAAAAGAUCACAGAAAAGCGAAUGAAUCUGUUGAAGACCCUUCGGAUACAUGAACAGGCUUGGCCAAGGCUGACUGUAGGUCCGUGUCGGGAAUUUGCCUGCUCUCUGUCCGCUACCACUCAAAUUUCAGCCGAAAGGCCGGCAGCAAAUUGAAUUCUUAAUUUGAAUUUUGGGUGUGUAAACGUGUUCCGGCUCACGGUAUAUACAGUAUAUCCGUGACAAAUGUCUUCUGGCAUUUCUUCCUUCCGGCGAGUCUGUGAAAAUAAAUGCGUUGAUGAGGUUGGUGUAUACCUGCAACAUUUAUACCAAGGAAUCAACACUUAGUUCAAGCAAACUUUGGUUCUGCACUUCUAUACGGUUGCAUUUAAACAAAUUUGGAAAUACUGGUGAAGGCCUAAAAAGGUCACUUGGUAGCUAUAUCCAACAUUACACAGGCUUUUAAACAUGGAUUAGCUCUUGACAAAAAUAUAAAAUGGGGAAUUUUUGUUGUGGAAAUCCUUCUCACCAUAGUGAACAAGAACCUGGAUUGCAAAAUGAGCGGGAAGCUUUAUUAAGUUCAUGCAGCUCAUGUGUUGUUAAUGAACAGAUAACGUCUUCACAGAACUCUGUUUUCAGCCAGAAUAUGAGUCAACUGCAAAAUAAAAUUGGCAGUGCUGGUAUUUGCAAUAAUGGUGCUGUUGCAACAAAGAGUUUCCCCCUAAGAGCUUCAACUCAGACUGGACCUGAUUUGAAAGUUGUGCAGGAUGAAAAGGAUGACUCUCUACACACUGCACAGCGGAUAGAAAGUGAAAGUAAUCUUCAGAAACCUGCUGGCAAAGUUCAGGAUACCAAUGCUACACAGGAAGUCAAACUAGCAUAUACUGUGAACGGUAUCACAAGUGCAGAAGAUCACCAAAUUGAUUCUAAUUCUUGGAAAAGAAUAAGCACUUCUGAGAACCCUGAAAAGGAGGAGAAAUAUGUUCACAUUGAAGCAAUGCAAAAAACUAUGAAAAACAAUGAAAGAAAGGAGGUGGUUGAUACUGUGUCACAAAAAUGUCAGAGCAACUUGUUAACACAAUCUGCAGUUGGAACAUACUCCUCUAUUAUGGACAAUUCAGCAAGCGCUGCAAAAAGAGCAAGAAUUUUUCAAGGCAGUAACUGCAAUGCUAGUAGCCUCAAAGAGGAGGAUGGAGAAGCAGAAAUGGUCUUGGAUGAGGAUGAAGAGAGAGCCAAGACAUUUCAAAAUAAACAAUCUGAUUGUAGAAUGGAGGAAAUGAACAAUUGCCAGCCAAAUGAUGAGCUCAUUUGUGCAAGUGCACAAGUUAUUGAAUUGGUGUCAGACACUCCAGAACUGAAAGAAGAUCUCUCCAAAGAUGAAGGAAGCUUUUGGGAAGCAGGCAUCGCUGAAGAAACUGCUGAAAAUAUGAAGGCCUGCAAUCAAGAAUGCUUUGAUGGAGAGGAAGACCUUUACCGUGACGAAGCUGAGAUAGAAAAAGAAAAAAAUCAGAGAUUGACCUCUGAAAGUCAACCGGCAGCUGCCACAAAGUGGUCCACUGUUGAACCUGGUGUAGAUGUUUUGGAAUAUUGUGCCAGGGAAUGGAAGGGAAACACAGCAAAAGCACAACUAAUGAAAGAGGCAUAUGAAGCUGUACGUCAAACUUUCAGUUCUGUUAGAAGAGUUCGAGGUGAUAAUUAUUGUGCUUUAAGAGCUGCACUGUUUCAAAUAUUGAGUAAUGUUAAACUUCUUCCCUGCCUGCAACAAGAUGACCUAAUCCAGCUUCCAGAAAAGCUGAUUGCAGCAAACUACAUCUGGAUCAAGCAGUGGUAUUUUGGAGUUCAAGACUCUGGGAAUGAAAAUCCUGUGGAAAAACUGAUGGAAUAUUUGACAGUACUGAAACAACAGUGGAUACAGAUUUGUGAAAUUGAUUCUGUGAAAGAACGACAAGCUGUUUGUGAAGAGAUAUUCAAAAAUAACCAGGAAGAAUACAGGUUGUAUGAAGCUAUGAAAAUUCUCAUGUUGGCCAAGGCUAUUGAACUCAAGAAUGAUCAAGUGCAAGAAAAGGAAAUCCCUCUCUUCUGUUGGCUGCUAUUUGCUCGUGAUACUUCUGCUGAUCCUUAUCAGUUCAUGAAGAAUCAUUUGAAUCAUGUUGGUUACACUGGUGGACUGGAUCAGGUAGAAAUGUUUCUUCUGGGAUACUCCCUACAGUUAACUAUCAGAGUUUUCAGGCUAUACAAAUUUGGAACUGAUGAGUUUGUCACUUUCUAUCCUAAUGAUCAUAAAGAAGACUGGCCAAUGGUUACGCUAAUAACUGAGGAUGACAGACAUUAUAAUGUACCUGUGGAGAAUGCUCAAGUGACCCAAAUAUAAGAUGAAUUUCAUUGCAAUAUGUUAUUCCCUUGAUCUCGAAAUAAAUUGUUACACUUUUCAGUUGAUCUGAGCGUACUGCUUUUUAACCUUUUAAUUGUAGGGGGAGAAACUGCAGCAGAAAAUACAUAAACUGGAAAAUGUAUGGCUCAAAGUUUAAGAAAUAAGCUUCUGUAAAUAAAAGGGGUUGACUGCCCGAACCUGUCAGCCAGAGGAGCAAGCAAAAUAAAUUUAAAAUGGUAGAUUUGUUGUUAUGCACUUCUGCUAUCCAUUUACAUUUUGUGAAAUGAUUGACUAAAUCUAUAUAGAAGUCAGAAAAUGCCAUUUUAAGUGUUUCUUGGGUAUGGUGUAAAUAAGCAUUAGUGAUUAAAUACAACUGUUGCAAUGCAUAA